AAGCGGAAGAACGACGCAAAGCUACUGAAAAGAUUGAGCUUGUAAGCAUAACUAUAAUUCUCAUUUUGUUUUCGUAUUUCGAAAUAGGAGGUGCUGAUGACUUUUUCAAACAGGAAAAUGAAGUUGCAGAAGCUUUGCCGCGCAUUGUUUAUACGAACAAUCAGAUACGAAAAAAUCAAAAACGUUUACAGGAAGGAAAGGAACAGACGUAUCAUUUUAAGAAACCACGUAAAAAUAUCAAUAGAGAGGGUCCAAGUACAUCUACAACACACAUGACACUUCGGUGUCAAAACUCACAAUCACAUACAACGCCAUACGAUGAUGGCACUAAAUCACAUUUUUUUGACGAUCCUAAUGGUCUGCGCGAAUACUGUGAUGGUCAGUUGUGGCAAGCUGUUUUUGAUAAUAUUCGAAGUCAAUAUCCGUAUGUCAACUCAGUUUAUGAAAUCUGCGAAAAUGUUGUAAAGAUUGCAUGCAAACAACAGAGUCCUGCACAGCGUAAAGCAGAUGUCAGGGAGUAUCUCAGAAUUUAUGAAAGCAGAAACGAGCUAGAAAAAAUCAUGCAUUUGAUCCUUGAUAACUUGGUGAAUAAUUAUCAAACUUCUUUCACUGGAAACAAUUGUAUCUUCGAUACACACGUUCAUAACAAUGUUGCAAAGGCAACUAUCGAUUGGGCAAACAAGAUGUCCAAAUCAUCUGCACAAAUAAAGAGACGGUUUGAUCCAGUUUUGCUUGGAGUAAAGCCUGAUUUUGAUGUCAGGACAACCAACCCAGCCAAAUUUGUCGAAUUAUUAAUUGGUGAAAUAAAGCCACCUAAUGCAACGGAAAACUCGGUUAUGGAAGAUCUAGUAAGCCUUGGUAAGACAAUGAAAGCUACACUGGAUAAGUCAAUUGAAGGUGGUAUUGACGAUCUAGUCGUCUGUGGGUUGCAGGAUUUGGGAAGAUGUUACGUUAUAGAUCUUCAUUAUGAUGGAAUAUACCGUAUGAUGUUAAUUGGGGAAUUCCAACUUCUUGGGGAAAUGGCGUCCUGGAGCACAUUAAUAUACUGUUUUCCGGUAUUAGCCACAAUCCAGGAAGGCCAGAAGUCAAAGGACAGUUACGACACCUCAAAAACUCCAAAUAACAAGAGGAAUGUUCCAUACGCCGUGAAGUACCCAAUGACAGAAAGAAAAAGAAUUUUAGCAAAAACAUACUUCUUUUGUGAAAAAAUAGAAUCAUUACUAAUGAUUCUACUUAAUGCUCCGAAAAAACCGAAAUUAAAACCGAUACAGCCAAGAGGAUGCAUUAUUACAAGUUAUUCUAGAUACAUUUAA